GGAGGGAGCCCCGGCGGCGCCGGCGGCCGCGCCGCCGCCGGCGCAGCCGGGGGCAUCCGCCUGGUGGCGCGAGCAGCCGUCGGACGCCCCGAGGAGGCCUCCCCAGAACGCGGACGCGGCUGGGCCGCCAGCGACAGCCGCGCCACCAGCAGCGAGCCUGGUUGGGACGCAGGCCCCGGCAGCCGGGCCGGCGGCUCGCAGGGCCCCGGCGAGAGCUGGGGGUCGCGCUGGCGGCAGAGGAGGAGAUGGCGGGGCGGCGCUUGGGCCGGGCGCCGCAGCUGGCACGCCGGCGGAGGCCAGGACGACUGGGCCGCCCAGUCCUGCGACGACCCCGACUGGCACACCGCCGGCGACGGCCCCGCAAUACGAGAAGUGGUACUGAUCGGCAUCGCGGGGCCCAGCGGGGUGGGCAAGACGACGCUGGCCAGGAGCUUGGUGAAGCACCUGGAGUCCCCGGUGGACCCCGUGGGCAUGGAUUGGUUUUUGGUCCCGCAGUGGAUGCCCAAGGACAAGGAGGACGGCGAGAGGAACCCCGCGGCACGUCCGCCUCCUCGGCCGCUAUCGUCGCAGCGGCCGCUACCAUCACAGCCACGACAAUGCAGGGAGCUCGCCACCACCGCGAACCCCCGCGGCUGGGUCGCCAGAGCCCCUUCCCCCCCACCCCCCGGAGCCGCCCUCAUCGCGGCCAUCGCCGUCGUCGUGGCCGCCAUCACACGACCAUCGCGCCGAAGCCGC